AUGGCCACAGCCCCCAAUCCCAUCAUUGUUUGUGCGGAGAAUAUUUCCAUAUCCUACCUACUUCGCAGUAUACCAACACGCCCAUCACGCAAUCAUACUGAAUCUCUGUCGGCGCUUAAACGACGCUCUACACUGCCUUUCGACACGGAGCGCAAACUGGUCGGCACACUAGCUUUCAUUGCAUAUAGGAAAGAUGACGUUGAACAUAUCCCAGCUUUAUGCUUAGAAGAGGAUCCUGUAUCAGGCUGCUUGAAGGUGAUAUUUGCUGUGAAUAAAGUGAGUUAUAAUGAUGGUGAGGAUGCGAUUUGUCGGAUCCAGCAGGGACUAGAGCAUAUAUUCGCAAUCCUCGCGACUGUUUCUGAGUCAAGUUGCUAUGAAGACAUGGGCAACCAGGUCAUUACCGCUGUGGUUUCCAUGUGCUCGUCCCGCAUACUGUCUCGGUUGCGACUGGCCGUUUCUGCGAGAAACACGAAACGCCCCUUUAAGGACACGCUUCGAGAAGCUCUGUUAGCUGUGAAGAUUGUUGGGAAGGAUCUAAAAAACAGGGCGCUGUUGGAAACCGUACGCAGCUUUACCAUGAGAGCGAGGGACGUCGAGAAACUUCUUGACUCGUGGUCCCAAUAUCAAGUUGACACACGUUUAGUAGGGGUUGUGGAAGGAAUUUAUCGACUACAGCAGAUCGUGGGACUCGCUGAUUUGAUUUGCAUCAUUCCAAAUAAGGAAAUGAGCCCCUCCUUAAGGCAGAGUUUGCUGAAUAUCAUAAACAAGGUCGCCAGGUAUUGGGAAGUCGCGAGGUUCCUAUACCGUACGGCGAAGAAAUUCCCGUUGGCUCGAGCGAUGAGAACAGCUCCUGUUUGCCUUCCCAAGGAGGCGUUUUCUACCCCAAUUUUAACUGGAUAUGCUCCUGAUUUACGGGCCAAGAUCGCCGAAGCUGCUCCGAGAGGCAGUCAACAGAAGCUUCUCAGAGAAAUUUGCGCAAUAUUGAAGAUCAAUCAGCAGGAGCUUAUUAACAAGUACACUUCUCAGGUCAUGCGAACCUUGACUACCGCAAAAAUCCAUGCUGAGAUUCAGAUAAUUGCCCACUGCGAACUACAAAACCCGCGGAUAUUACCGCGAGUGAUCUGCUCGAGCAAGGAUGCCUGUUUUCUCUGCAACUUGUGUCUUCGGCUGUACCAGAAAAUAUACACCCCAAAAUCGCACGGAAGACUAUAUCCAGGCUGGAGGCUACCUUUCCUACCCCAACUAGCAGGGUUAGAGCAAGGUUUUUGCAAGGCUCUUGAGAAGCAUUACACAGAGACUUGUGGAACACUUCUGUCAACUCGCCGAGGAACCAUCUAUCCAGAUCCGAACGAGAGCACCUUGUUUACACUUCCAUUAUCUAGGACUACUACAAGGGAUUCAGUGGUAUCAAGGCCUUCUGGUCGUGUCGCUGAGUUACCAGGAUCAAGCCAUAUUAGCAUGGGAACUGCGAAGAGCGAGCCACGUACAGAGAAGACGGAUACUCCAACAAACGAUCCAACCCCAUCGCACCACUACGCGAAGUCAAUGGAGACGGAGUUAGACCGUUGCACAUUGAUGCGAAGUUCGAGGACGUAUGGAUUUCUAACCCCAGGAGAGUCCUCGGAAGUGUACAAAGUUGGCUUCUCGCGCUCCCUGCAAAUACAUAUCGAGCAUGCUACGGGUUCGAAUAAUCUCACAUAUUAUCUGGAGUGGUUGGGUAACGACGAAGCUGCGGAAGUUCGAGGGAAAGCCUCUGCACCGCAGGUAAUUGACACAGAGCGUCUAGAGAGCAUAGUCGCCUUGCACGAGCAGGAAACAUUGUACCUUAUUAAAAAGGACACUGUGUUGAAGGUUGGCUGGGCUAGUGAGACGAAGGACGCUGCUCUUAGGAGGUCAUGA